UGCUGUAAAGGUCUUGAGCUCAAAUCAACAUGUGGUACGAUGGGACGACUUCAGUGGCUGCUCUUGCUGACUUCGCUGCUGAGCUGCACGACCAACACAGCUGGUCUGACGGUGAGUCCCAGCAGCUCUCAGCUGUUUGAAGAAGACUUUGUCUCUCUGAGCUGUGAGGAGGACGACAGCUCUGCUGGAUGGAGGCUGAGGAGGAACACCACCAGAGAAACCAGGACUCAGUGUGACAUCUGGGGAGAAUCAGCUGGUUCUUCCUGUAACAUCACUCACAUCGUCCCACAGGACAGUGGAGUUUACUGGUGUGAGUCCAGAGAGGGAGCAACCAGUAACAGCAUCAGCAUCACUGUCACUGGUGGAGCAGUGAUCCUGCAGAGUCCUGUCCUCCCUGUGAUGGAGGGACAUGAUGUCACUCUGCACUGUAAAACAAAGACCCCUCCCUCCAACCUCCCAGCUGCUUUCUAUAAAGAUGGCUCCCUCAUCAAAGAGACUACAGGUCACAUGACCAUCCACCAUGUUGACAAGUCUGAUGAAGGCCUCUACAGCUGUGACAUCAGAGGUCAUGGAGAGUCUCCGCCCAGCUGGAUCACUGUCACAGAGAAACCCACCACCACAGCUGGACCUACACCCACCUCUCCUCCUGGUUCCUCCACCUCUCCUCCUUCUCUCACUGUCUUAUUGCCUGUUGUAUCUGUCUGUGGUCUGGUUCUACUGGUGUUACUGGUUCUACUGGUGAGACGAUGUGUUCGGAGGAAACAAAUAGCUGCUGAAGCAAAAGGUGGAGAAGAUGAAGAUGAUGUCAUGUACUGUGAUGUUGAAAUAUCACGACAUCAACAGCCAAUCGGACAGAGCGGAGGUGAGACUGAUCCAGCUGCACCGAGAACAGACGGCGUCACUUAUGGACAGAUAGUCAUCAGACCAAACAACAGGAGAGAGUGUCCACCAGAACCAGUGGUUAUCUACUCUAUUCUUCACUGAGGAAGACCGUCACACCUUCGCACCUGUCCUGUCUCAGAGCGGAGCUGAGCUGCUGUAGGAUUCAUGACAUGACAUUUAUAAGUUCCUAUUUAACAGGAUCUAAUGUUUAGUUUUUUUUUCUCAACUCUUUAUUUAUA